AUAUCGGCUAAUCGAGUGGUCAAAGUGGCCGACUUUGGUCUAGCCGUUGAUUUACUCGACAAAGAAUCGUAUAUCGAUGAAUCGGAAACCGGACCCGCUCGUUUACCGCUCAAAUGGCUCGCACCAGAAAGUUUACGGGAUCGACGGGUGUUCAAUGUGGCGACCGAUGUGUGGUCAUUUGGUGUAUUGAUGUGGGAGCUGAUGACUCGAGCCGCUUCACCAUAUGGUGAUGUGUCGAAUGCUAAAGUUCGUCAAUACCUAGAAAGUGGCUUACGAUUACCACAACCAACUCAUUGCCCUGAUAUUGUAUAUGACUUGAUGCAGUGCUGUUGGCGAUCAUUGCCCGAUGACCGACCUGAUUUCGCCUUUCUUGUGCAUCGAAUUAGAGCUUUACUUCAGGAGAACGCUCCAGACCCGUAUACCCGUCGGCUGCGAAUAGGUGCCGAAGCCUUCCUCCUUCCAGUGCUACCCGGCCGACAUUUCACUAACUACUUUGCCAGUCAACUUCAUCGAUGA